GGGGCUGGCGGCGCCAUGAAGGAGUGCGAGUACCGGCAGAUCCCCCCGGGCGCCCCUGCCGCGCCCCCGGGCCCGCCGCCCGCCCCGGAGCCGCCGGCCCGGGCCCCGCGCCGCAAGUGGGAGGUGUUCCCGGGCCGCAACCGCUUCUACUGCGGCGGGCGCCUCAUGCUGGCGCGGCACAGCGGCGUCUUCGCCCUCACGCUGGGGCUCAUCCUGGCCACCAGCGGCCUCUUCUUCGCCUUCGACUGCCCCUUCCUUGCCAGUCACCUGACCCUGGCCAUUCCCAUCAUCGGGGGUGUCCUGUUCUUCUUUGUCAUCAGCUGUCUGCUGCAGACGAGCCUCAGAGACCCAGGUAUCCUGCCCAGAGCCACGCCCAGUGAGGCUGCAGACCUGGAGAAACGGAUUGAUAGCAUGGGCACCUCCACCUACCGCCCGCCCGCCCGGACAAUGGAAGUGGUUAUAAACAAAUACGUGGUGAAAUUAAAGUACUGCUAUACCUGCAAAAUGUUCCGACCCCCCAGGACCUCUCACUGCAGCGUCUGUGAUAACUGUGUAGAGCGGUUUGAUCACCACUGCCCCUGGGUAGGCAACUGCGUGGGGAAGCGCAACUAUCGCUACUUCUACGCCUUCAUCCUCUCCCUCUCCUUCCUGACGGCCUUCAUCUUUGCUUGUGUCAUCACCCACCUCACUCUGCGCUCUCAGGGAAGUGGAUUUGUCACCACUCUGAAGGCAACACCAGCGAGCGUGCUGGAGUUGGUGAUAUGUUUUUUCUCAGUCUGGUCUAUUUUGGGCCUCUCAGGUUUUCACACUUACCUAGUCGCCUCCAACCUGACGACGAAUGAAGACUUUAAUAGACAGAAGAGGAUUUAUCCAACCUGAUGCCGGGACCCUGUCCAGUCCCAAGGGUGAAAUCCCCUCCUUUGGAGCCAAGACUGACACCAGCAUGGUAGGAGGCAUUCCCUAGUGGUGCUGUGAUGUAGUCCAGUGCCUGUCGUGCCUGUGCCUAGCUCCAGUCAGUACCUUCCCGUUAUCAUCUCCCUGACCUCAGGCAAGACAGCCUUGUGGUGCAGAGCUGCCAAAGACUCAGUCAAACCAGGUGUUACCUUUUUAUUUAUUUAUUUUUUGUUUCACUGUGAUAUGGCUUACCUGGAUUUUCAACUGCUACAGCCUGAUGCCGAGCAAGACCUUGGCCUCACCCAGGGAGAGGGGUUCAAACCACAGCUGGGAAGCAAGAAGGGCUGCUUGGGAAACCCCAGCCUCUCAGAACCAUCCAAGCUUGGAGUGUCGGCUCCAGAGAGCUGCCAUCUUUGCUGCGGGGAUUAGCUGAAUGGGCUGCUGUGCCUUGUGGGGGCUGAGGAUGGGUGCUGCAUUCUAGAUUGGGGGUUGGGUUUUGGGGGAGGAUGAAGGCUGAAAGCUAGGUCUCCCUGCUGUGUCUCUACAAACGCCUCCUGCAUCUCUGCCCCAGGAGUGUGAGGGGCAGCUUCAUGUGUCAGUAUAAGCUACGUUCCCAUCUGGGCCUGCGGAAUAUGUAGCCUCCCUUUCCCAGCAGCACCGGUACUUUUCAGAAUUGAAGCUGGCUGGUUGGGAUGACAUUCUCGUUCCCAGGCGCUGGGGAGAGCUCCAAGGGUCCAGACCCAUAUGGGGCAGUGAGCAUAGGCAGGGAAAUAGAUGUGCCACCCCAGCUGCUGUUCAGUGCUGGCUCUCACCUGGUCACAGAGGAAGGUGCUGACCGACCCUUCCUAGUGUUGUAGCCGUUUCAGCCAGUAAGAAGCCAUGUGAGGAUACAGUCCAGAGGAGCUCCUAGUUUUAAUUGUUAAAAACAAAAUAAGCCAAGUAUUUUGUGGGUGUAAUGGGGAGAUGUUGCCCUUAGCUGGUCACCUGUCAGACCUCCGCCCAACACUAGGUGGCUAACGCCUGAGUGGGCUCCAGCGUUGAAGAGGCCCAGCUUGCUCAAAUCGGGUCACCCUGAGUGCUGGUGUCAGUCAGCCUGCACGUGGUUUGGAUUCCUGAUCAGUGGAAUAGAGAGCGGGGCCACCUGCUGGCCCUCUGGGCAUGAUUCCUCUGAGUUUGUCUGCCCCAGGGUGGCACCAGACCGGUUGCUGCUCCUUACCAGGUGUUCACCAGUCUGCCUUGUGGAUUACUGACCCUGGCGAGUGUGUUGAGGAGAGUUACAGACACAUUAGCCAUACUUGAAAUGUGUUUAUUAAAAGCUGCUGGGUAUUUUUGCACAAUUUUUUAGAUUUUUUUCUAAGUAGUAUUUUUUUGUGUGUCGGUGUAGAUAGCUGCUGUACAUAUUCCUGGCACCAGGGUAGAGAUUUGCAAUGUUUGUUCUGUGUUAAGCCACUUGGUUAGAAGCCCCAGGCGUUGCAGUAUGUAUCGGACCCAAGCCCUUUCAUCGUUCUCACCUGUGCUUUUCUCACUAGCCAGUGUAUUUGUGGGGCAGAUUGUCACAGAGGUGUUCCCCUGUACUCUGCUUUGCACAUCAUGAAUGACAGCACGCUAGCAGAGAAUUGCCGGCCGCAGCAAACAUAAGGGGAACAUAGGUUGCGUGGAAGGGGCUGGUAUUGCUUAAGGCAUCCCUCAUUCGCCCUACCCUGUGAGUCAGUCUGCUGAGCAGUGCUGAGCUUCAAUGGGACGAGGUUUAAAUGCACCCCCCAGCAUGGUGUUCGCACAUUCCAAGCAUUCCCUUCCCCUCCAGUUUUUGGCGCUCUUUUGUAGCCCAGUUUUGUUGCUGGCCAGAAAAUGUCACAAAUCCUGACUGUUCAAAGAGCAAGGCAUGAGAUGUGCCCCGCCCCUCCACCACCCACGUCCUGGGGUUGGGAACUUGGGAUCUGCAUUUACAUGCUGCAGGCUUCUUGCAGAAGGCAGUGGUUUUAGGUGGGGCUUUAAGAGAAGCUUUAGCUGAGAAGAAUAUUGGACAAUUUCAAACCAUUCCUUUUUGGAGAUUUGAUUAGAAAUCUGCUCCUUCCACCCUGUAAAUGUUCCUCUUGCUUCAUGUUUCUGGCUCAGUGCACAGAGAGCUCAGUAUUCAAGUGAGAAGGGGCAUGGCAGGGGUGCUGUUGUCAGUGGACUGAUCUUGUAGGAUAGCCGGGGUGGGGUGGGGGGGGGUGCUGCUGCCUUGUUAUAUGUAUGGCUGGGGACUGGAUGAUUCGGGCUUCAUGUGCUGUUCUCAAUGAGUCCCCUUUCCAGCAGGGUGACUAGUCCAAAGCCAGCCCCCGUUCUUAGUGACCAGCUGUUCCUUGGAGAAGCAUCCUCGCACCACACACACACCGAUGUUAAUGUUCCCCACUGCUGGCAGCUGAGGCGAAGAAGGGUCCGUACCAGCAUGUAGCAUAAAUGACCACCUGAGCCCUGGGGGUGACCCCUGCAGCUCAGGGGUGAGGCAGGCUGGCAGGGCAGCUCCCUCUGCAGAUUGACACACAAGGCUAUAGCUCAUGUGCCUUGCCACUACUAGACUCAUCUUCAGCCUCAGACGGCUCAAUGCAACAGCGUAAAAAGCUGCUGCUGUGUCUGGAAAAUAACACUCCAAAAAUCCUUUCCAGAAACCAUGCUGCACAGCAGUUACCGUCUGUCUUCCCCCUGUCCACAAAAUAGCUGGUGUUCUUAAUACAACGGCACUAACUCUCCCGUGGCCCUGAUGCUGUGUCCAUUGCUUGUGUAAUGGUAGGACUGGCAGAUGGUGUGUAGAGGGUCAGUAAAGCUACACUCCAAGAGGCUGCAGCUUUAAUGGGAAAGGAUAGGAAAACUGACCCCGCCUCUUACAGGAGUUCUGAAGGAGGGAGAAGGAGGCAAACUCUCUCACUUCCGUUUGAACCGGUUUCUCUUGUUACUUGCUGUAAUAAAGUUAUAUUUUUAAAGUUAA